AUGUAUUUUCCGGCAAGCACUCGCGUGCUCCGCGCAUUCGCGCGCGCCCAGCGCACGAUUCCCCGACCGCUCCCCCGAGUCUCGACGCCUUUGCGACCCUCAGCAGCUCCUUCGCAAAUCGCAUGCCUACGCAGUCAAAUCCACACGGCGCCGCCAAGGUUAAAGAAGAACAAGACGAACGAAUAUGAAGGUGGUACCGACUUCAGCGAGCUCGACGUCUUGGGCAAUACGCCGACUCCGUCAACAUCAAUCGAUGUCUGCAUGUCGGACGGCUUCUCCCUGAACAGUGGCCUCAAGAUUCUGGAUGGAAACGCUGCCCUGCUCAUUGGCGGCGAGGCAUUCGAGUGGCGGCCGUGGGAGGCCAAGGGCACGAUGAACUUGAUCAAUGCCAAGGGCCAAUUUGAGAUCCCCCCCGAGGCGUUUGGCGUGCUGGAGCUGGUGUGGCCUCGACCUGAUCUUCUUAUUCUCGGCGUCGGCCCCAAGAUCGUUCCGCUCGCUCCGUCCACGAAAAAGCACCUCAGCUCGCUCGGAAUCCGCGUGGAUGUGCUUGACACGGGGAAUGCGGCAUCGCAGUUCAAUCUGCUUGCUACGGAGAGGGGCGUCGAUGAAGUUGCGGGUGCCUUGAUUCCCAUCGGAUGGGUCGAGGGCAAGGGCGCUGCGUGA